AUGGCAAUCACUGAGGCAGCAAAAGAAGCCGUUUACUUAAAAAACGCUCUUUCGGAACUAGGAAUAGUUGAAUCUUCAGAUAUUAAUAUUUUUAAUGACAAUGCGAGCGCAAUUAAAUUAGCUAAAAAUUCUGUUUUUCACGCUAGAACUAAACAUAUAGAGAUCAAACACCAUUUUAUUAGAGAGAUUCUUAAGGAAAAGGAAAUUCAGCUACAUUACUUACGAUCUGAAGAUAUGACUGCAGAUAUUUUAACUAAAGCGUUGAAUGUAUCAAAACAUUUUAGAUGCCUCGGAGGUAAAGGCAAGUUAACUGGAAAGUUAAUCGACGAGUUAACAAUUUUUUAUGGCCUUGCGAUUCGCAGAAAUGUCGAUUCUGUAGAAAAAAUGAGAAAAGAAAUUUGGGCAACAUUAAAGCAUAAGAUUUCGACAAAUGACAAGCCCCAGCACGGAGAAGAAUCUUGGUGCUCUUGGCAACGCUCGAAAGCUCAAAAUGACCUAAAAAAUUACAAUCACAAACCAGCUAUAUGUGAUCAAGUUUAUAAAGCAGUCUUGCCGAUUUAUCAAGAUCUUAGCAGAGAUGAUCUGCUUGAGCGCUGUUUGGGUGGAUAUACUCAAAACAGAAAUGAGAGCUUCAACAGUGUAGUGUGGGCGAUCGCUCCAAAAAGUAGUUCUGGCGGUAAAAUGUUGGUCGAUAUUGCAGCUGAUAUUGCUAAAAUGACAUUUAACGACGGUCUGCUAUCCCUUGCUCAAGUUUUGGAAACAAUUGGUGUGAAAAUCGGGCCUAAUUGUUACAAUUUCUGCGUUGAAAGUGAUGCCACAAGAAUUUCUCUCGCAGAGUGCUCGAUGACAAAUGCGGCAAAAGAGGCUCGAAGGGGCAAUUUGGCAGCUUGACGUGACACCAGAAACAAAGCGUAUAUCAACACAGAAGGGCAACUGUAUGGGGCUGGCAUUGCUGAUUAGUGGAUCAAAUUCAGGACACUUCUACUGCGUGCAGUGGAGCGACUCGGGUGAAAAUCACUAGUACUCAAGCUACUCUUGCGCCGCCAUUUUGUAUCUUUUAUUACACAAAAAAAUUUUUUUGU